AUGGCAGAUGCAGAACAGGGAAAUCAAACCUCCCUCACAGAAUUCAUUCUCCUGGGAUUUGGGUCUGUCCCUGAACUGCAGAUCCUUCUCUUUCUGCUGUUCCUUGUGAUUUACAUUGUGACCAUGGCCAGAAACAUCCUCAUUGUUGUGCUAGUUAUGACUGAUCAGCACCUUCACACCCCUGUGUACUUCUUCCUGGGGAACUUGUCUUCCUUGGAGAUCUGUUACACCUCAACCAUCCUCCCCAGGAUGCUGGCCAGUUUCCUGACUGAGGACAAGACCAUUUCUGUUGGUGGUUGCAUCACACAAGGUUACUUUUUUGGCUUCUUUGCAGCCAUUGAGUGUUAUCUCCUGGCAGCGAUGUCUUAUGAUUGGUACCUAGUGAUAUGCAAACCACUGCAUUAUGCAACCCUUAUGAAUGGCAGUUUCUGCCUGCAACUAGCAACUGGGUCUUGGAUAAGUGAGUUGCUAGCUAGUUCCGUAGUAACUGGUAUGAUGUUACAAUUAACUUUCUGCAGCUCCAACGAAAUUGAUCAUUUCUUCUGUGAAUUUACACAAAUAAUAAAUCUCUGCCACAACAUCUACCAGGUGGAGCUUUUAAUUUCCAUUCUGUCUUCUUUAUUCACCCUGCCCCCAUUUGCUUUAACUGGGACAUCCUACCUGUGUAUCAUCUCCACCAUCCUGCGAAUCCCUUCCACCACCAGGAGGCAAAAGGCAUUUUCUACCUCCUCCUCUCACCUCAUCAUGGUGAAAAUUUUCUAUGAGACCCUGAUCAUUGUGUAUCUGCUACCAAAAACCAACACACUCAGAGACCUCAGUAAAGUGUUCUCUGUCUUCUACACAAUUAUGACCCCUUUUGCCAAUCCCUUCAUAUACAGCCUGAGAAACAAAGAGAUGAAAGAGGCUCUGAGAAAAAAAAAUGCCAGUAAAUGUGUAUAUUAA